AUGUUUCAAUUUAAAUUGUUUUUAAUUUUGAGUGCAUUUGCCAUUUCAAAAAGUAUUUCAACAAACUCUCGACAAUCACGACAGACAAAUUUGUUGAAUUUUGGUGUAUCUGCUGAAUCUUAUCGUGGUCCAAGUUCUUACACAACUUCAUCAUUUAAUAACGAAUAUUCUGGUUAUGGAAAUUUUGUUGGGAAUCCAUUAAUUUCCACAUCUCAUUCACCCUUCGUAACAUCGAAUGGAGAACAUUUCAAUCCACAAUACGUCAACUAUCCACCAGCAGUUCACUUUGAAAAUCCCAACGAUUCAAACAAUCAAGAAAGUUACAGCAUUUCAUCUUUUACACCAAGUCAACCAUAUCCACAAACACCAACUCCGCAACAAUAUCAACAAACACCAACUCAUCAACAAUAUCAACAAUCAUCAACUCCACAACAUUAUCCACAACCACCGACUCCACAACAUUAUCAAACAAAUCCAUCCCAUGAAUUUACUCCACAUGGUGAAGCAACACAACUAAACCAACCAAUUACUGUGCCUGCUAUCUACAAAAAAGUCCCUUAUACUGUCCCCAAGAACUUCCCAAAUGCAAAUCAAUAUCCUGUCUUAGUUAACUUAAUUCCAGUUGUCAGAGAGAUUAAAGUUCCAAUUGAAAAAGAAGUUCCUUAUACGGUUCACAGACAUGUUCCUGUUCCUGUAGAGAAGCCUGUUCAAUAUCAAAUUGAAAAGCAUUAUCCCGUUUACGUAUCGAAACCUUACCCGGUUAAAGUUCCAAUAAUCAAAACUUAUGUUCAUAAAGCGCCGAAGAAAUGGUAA